AACGCUUCCUGCGUAUCGAGGGAGCCCCGUCAGGUCUAACUAUCUCUCGAACGCUAACUUCUGUUCUUCCAAAGUCUCUAAAAUAACCAUUCUUGCUUUUUCUGUCAUUAAAUGGUAUAAACAUUACAAAAGCGAGGAAAAAUUCUAUAUUUUCGUGUUCAAUAUUAAGUCAUUCUUGAUUAUCAAGUAAAUAUAAAAACGCAAACCGGUCACGAAGAGGAUGGUGCCAUCUUGGAGAAGCUUCCGUAAGAAAGUCAUGUCUUGUUUUAACAUUGCGGUCAUCUCCUUAUUGAUCAGUAGUCUUCAGCCUGUUGAAGGAUUUGCUAUCACGAAUGGAGGUGGCCUUGUCGUGUUCCAGAUAUCUGAAGAACAACCAAUCGGAACUGUAGUCUUCACAGUCAUAACGAACGAGCCUGCAGAUUCGUUCGAGUUGACAGACGCUGGUGGUUACUUUGACAUUAACAGCACAACUGGGGAAGUAUUCAUACAGAAACGAAUCGACAAAGAGGUUAUAGGAAGUUCUCGGCUCACCGCUACAGUCACAGCGCGUAAGGAUAGCUUAACGGCCACUGCCAGCCUCAAAUGUCUAGUCAAUGAUAUUAAUGACGUCACUCCAUCUUUUCCAAAAAGAUUCUACAAUGUUUUAAUUAGUGAGAAAACAUCAGUAGAUAAUGUGGCGUAUACUCUCAAAGCAGAGGACGCAGAUACAGGUAACAACGGCCAACAAUUUGUAACGUAUGAGAUAACAAGUGGAAAUGAGGAUGGAUCGUUCUCCAUAACACAAUACGGUGGAGAGGUGAAAGUAUCACGUGACCUGGAUUACGAAACCAAGACACAAUACGCCCUGAACAUCACAGCACGGGAUAAACCUGGUCUUAGUAAUUGGACGAUUCUACAAGUCACCGUUCUUGAUGCAGAUGACUUGCCCGCUAAGUUUACUUCGUUUAUUUACACGGCUGAAGUCAGCGAAGACGCCUUAUUGGGAACAAGUAUUUUACAAGUCGUUGCAUUUGAUCUUGAUAAAUACAUCAACGGUUCUGUCACGUAUGGCAUGGAUCAAGUAACUAAUCCUUCAAGAUUAUUCGUUAUAAACAACGUGACAGGGUUGAUAUCACUGAACGGAUCUCUGGACAGAGAAUCUGUUGCUGAAUACAGUAUACGUGUUCUGGCAUAUUCGUCAUAUCCUUUUACUGAUCACGCCACUGUUAACAUCAAAGUGACAGACGCCAAUGACAACAGACCUAUAUUCACACAAUCAGUGUAUCAAGGCUCCGUGGUGGAGAACUUAGCAGCUGGGGCGAGCGUGUUGAAAGUAAAAGCAACAGACAAGGACCAGGGAAUCAAUGCGGAGCUACGCUACCACAUCAAUCCUGGUAAUGAUGCAAAUAGAUUUUCAAUCAACCAUCAAACAGGCGUCGUUACUACUGCAGCAGAACUUGACAGAGAAGAAAAGAAUUUGUACAACGUUGCCGUUGUUGUAGAGGACAUGAAUGGUAAAAGAGCGAUGGGAAACGUGCUUAAUAAAACUGCUACCGUAUAUAUCCAUGUCAAGGAUGCCAAUGACAACGCUCCUGUCUUCACGUUUCCAUCGUACAACGUCACCAUCAACGAAUCCAUUGCCGUUGGCGCAAAAGUGAGUCAGGUGGAGGCUAAAGACCCGGAUGUAGAUCAAGAUAUAAUGUAUGCCAUUACUGGUGGUAAUGAUUUGUCAAGGUUCCUGAUUGGUAGAAGAAGUGGUAUCAUUUAUGUUAGAAGUGUUAUUGACAGAGAUCCACCUCGUAACGAAACAGCAUUUACUCUGGAGGUGAUUGCAAUAGAUGCCAAAAAUCAUUUGUUGAACUCCACAACAACCGUAACAGUGGCUGUACAUGACGUCAAUGAUAGCCCCCCUCAUUGCUCACAAGCGGUGUUGACCACCAAGGGUGCGAAGUUUGAGAUGAAUUUAUACGAAGCAACACUAGUCAAAGAUUCUACGCCAGGUACCGUGAUGAUGACUGUCCAGGCUAAAGAUGCGGAUUGUUUUAACGCUACUGUAGAAUACAAGAUAUAUCAAGAAACGAAUCCUGGUAACGUGUACAAGGUAAAUAACAACACAGGAGAGAUAACAGUCAAUGGACCGCUGACCAUUGGAACGCAGCUCCUGGUCGUUACGGCCACCUCGACCAAAAAUCCUCCUGCAUUCACCGUGGUCAAUAUAACAGUUGCUGCAAUGCUCAACAUGUCAUACACUGUAGSUGAAGGACUAAGUAAUGUGGUCAUUUUGAAUUUGGAACCUGCAGAACAGUACUACAACGUUACCGUAGGAACGUUCUCUAUCAUAUCUAGUGCACAAUCUAGUCUCUUCUCCAUAGACGGCAAAAACCUUAAAGUUGGGGGAGUAGCGUUGGACAGAGAGACUCGAGACCAAUACCAACUGAAUAUUGCGCUGGAUAAAGGUGGUACAAGAAAAGGAGUGGUUAUGAGCAUAGAACAGCAUUACAAAGUUUCUGAAGCAUCGUUUUCUUUUAUAUCUGGUAAUGACCUCAACCACUUUAUGAUUGAUGCUGCGAACAAAGUGCUCAAAGUUGGUUCACAACCACUGGACAGGGAACUUCGAAAUGAAUACCGACUUGAAAUCCAAGUCGAAAAAUAUGGGAUAAUCAAAGGAGUUGCGAUGGUAACCUUGAAAGUGCUGGACGUCAAUGAUAAUACACCACAGUUCGUAGGAUCUCUUCCAUACAGUGUCAGCAUCUCAAGCAACAGAAACUUGUGCUCAAUAUUUUUCAAAGUGUCUGCUACUGACCGAGAUGCUGGAUCGAAUGGCACAGUUCGAUACUCUAUAAUAUCUGGGAACAACGAGGGUCUAUUUUCGAUCGACAGCUUAACAGGAGAAGUAUCUAUAAAAUUGCCUUUAGACCGAGCAUCUAAAGAUCAGUACGUCUUAAUAAUAAAGGCUUCUGAUGGAGGGAAUCAUCCAAUGGCUAACUCCACUACUCUUAUCAUAAAUGUAAAAGACUUGAAUAACAACGGCCUUGGAGCCGCACAAACGAACUCCGUUGCCUCAGGUACUAUUAUAACAGGGUUUGUUAUACUUGGAAUUAUUCUUACCUUAAACACCUUGCUUCUUGGUUACAUCAUAUGGAGAGGGAAAAAUAACACUAAACGUGAGAGAACUGAAUGCGACAGCGAACAUUCCAGAAAUGGGAUCUCAGCAUUUUCUAAUAUUGCUUUAGAGGAGAGACAUAACGAAGAAUUAAGUGUUUUUUCGCAUACAACAGAUGAACAAAAUGUCAUUCCUGCACCCAAAGAACAAAGCGACGCACCUGGAACAGCAUUUGUUACUCAGCAGUCAYCUAUGGAUGCAGAUUAUGAACUUCCUGACAGACAGUCUUUGAAUACCAACCAACCAGCUCCUGCACCAGAUACUUAUCAGGCCCUCGAUGUCACAUCACCUGGUGAUCUGUCUACACUUUAUCAUGCUUAUGAGCCACUACACUUCGGAGAUAGUAUGACCUGAGUCACCCAUGAUUUAAAGGAAUAUAUGCUAAGUAAUAGAACUUUUCUUGAAUUCUUAAAAUAUCGCUGUGUUUCAUAAUCAUUACAGACUUAUUUACCCAGGGUUAGGCCCAAUCGACCGUUUUCGAAUUAGUCAAAUACCAGCUGUGUCCGAUGAUAGAUUGCCGGAGUAUGACUGCAUCAAAUUCCAAAUUCUGCUAAUUAGUUUUGAAAUGUUCGUAUUUGAAGAGAACACAACACUGCCUACAUAGUUGUGUAGAAAUUGGAAACUUAGCUCCAAAAAUCUCCAUACAAUUAUUUUCUCUUAUCAUGUCAUAUCCUGCCCAAAAUAAGAGAAAGUGAAUGGGUAUAUUUUAGUACUAAGUUACCUAUAUAUCUCAGAUGUUUUGCCACCUAUCGCUCUAAAAUUCCAAACURUGUUACAUUUCUACAUACAGUUUCUGAAAAUGUCACAAAAAUCCUAAAGUCUGGACCAGAUUGCGAACCCGACUAGAUUUCCAGUAACCUUGUAUAUCCAAUAAAGUCAUUGCUGUUUUUAUUGCAGUUUCUGAAAAUGUCACAAAAUUCKAAAUUUCUUAAGGAAUAAUUUAGUGACGUCAUCAUAUUGGCUUUCUGUUAUUACAGACUCAUUUAUACUGGGUUAGUCUUAUGUCAGUGUUUAAAUAAUCACAAAGACCAUCUUAUCCAAGCGCUAGGCCGUUGGACGAGUGAUGCCUCCUCGAUAUACAUUAGACCACAUGCACAAGCUUUAGCGGCUAUAUCCCCGCACCUAUCAUUCUCUACUUUCACAUCCCCAUAAUGCUUUGCUUCUUUGGGGGGUAACCAGAGGGUAAAA